AUGAAGUCCAUCUGGAUCACAGCCCUCACGCUCGCCGCUGGCGCUCUUGGGAGCGCAGUCGUUCCACAGGGCCCACAAGUCCAAGUAGAGAGGAGGCUGCAUGAUUAUCAGUCUCCUGUCCUUGCAAAUCUUCUCCGUGAAAUUCGGAGCCAGACCGCUGGCAUAGAUCAUACCCUUGAUAAGUUUCGUGGCCCAAUCCCCAAUGACACGGCAAAGGCAGUUGCGUCGGUGAUCGGGUCACACUUCGAGAACAUCACAACGGCUCUGCGCACGGCCCAAGCAAUCCUGAGAACGCUGGGGAAAAAUGUCACGCUCGUCGACGAGGACGGAAGGCCCUGCAACUCGAGCUGUAUCUUGGACAAGACCAAGGGUAUGGUAAAAGACACCGGGGAGGCGGCCAAGAAGUCUCUCCUGAAGCUUGGGCUGCAUACGCUAGGAAAGUUUAUCGCCCCCGCGUUCCUGGUGCUGAGCGGUAUAAUCGUCGCCCUGAAUACCCUCGUCGGCGGAGCUUUGGCCGUAGUCGCUACCCUGGUAAACGGCAUGUUUUUGGCGAUUGCCGGCGGGAUUGCCUACCUUGGCCACCUAGUGUCUGAGAAAGAGAAGCAGAUGGCCGGCGGGCCGGACGGCUUCCUCACAAAGGAGGUUAGCAAAAUGAUCGGUGAGGCGGUGGACUCGCAUUUUGGGCUCUGA